UAGUGUGAAGUGUUGCAGCUCUGUGAUGGAGAGAUUCCUGUAGUUGUGGAUGCAGUUAAACAGUUCUGUGUGUGUGUGUGUUGUAGUGGGAGGGGAUUCCUCAUCCCCCCCCCUUCCUCCCUCUCAGAAUUAAACUCGGAAAAGACGACGGCUUUAACACGCGCGCUCGUGUUUCCAAGCCGCACCUCUGGAGCCGCGCGAGCGCAGCCGCCGCCGCUGCCGCCGCUGCUGCUGUGCGUGUGGCUCCACGCGCGCGCGCGCCCCUUCUCGUACCCGUCACGCGGUGGAGGUGAUGACGUGCCGGCGGUGCGCCCACCCACGCGCCGACGUAUUUUCGACGCGAGAUCUCGCGGAUUUGAUCGCGACGGACGUUCGGCGAAGCUGUGCGCUGUCGGUGCGCGUCGGAGGCUGAGGACGCUGCGGACGCUGCGGCGCGCAUCUCUCGAUAAACAGCGAGGAGGAUGCUGCAGUCGGCACGCGGCUCUGCCCAGGGGACGCGCGCGCCUCUUCUUCCUCGCCCCGGUUCUUCAAUUGCUUUCGAUUCAGCCGCGCGCCUUUCCAAAAACUGAGCAUGCAUUUCUUUCCAAACCGGUAUCCGCAAAAACAACCGCUGCAGGAUGUGCACCGCGCGCUGCGCACCGAAUCCUGUUCCGUGCGUGUGGAGUGACUGAGACAAAAAUCUGUAAUAUGAAAGUCAAACACAUGACCAACAUCCUGACAUUUCAGUUCUAGAUUUUAUUUAUCUAGAUUGCAUAUUUUGAACGUUUAUAAUCGGAUACAAAAACAGCAAAAAGGAGCUAAAAAAAAAAAAAAAAAGAUGAUAGCGUUCAGCUUGCCAUCGAUACAGCACCAGGAGCCGAAAAGAGAAAGAAAAGUCACGGAUGCGCGAGCCGGAGGAGGGAGGUGUGUGUAUCUGUGUGUAAUAUCAGUGAUUGGACCUGCAGCCGGAGCAGGGACGGAGGAAGGACAGAAAGACAGCUCCGCCUGAGAGACCUUAACAUCAGCAUGGAUUGCACUGCAGCGGAGGACUGCUGUUCAUUCUUAUGCAGUUAAUUUCUUUUUCUGAGGUCGUCUUCAUUUAAAAUGACAGUGUUUAAAUGCUGCAUGAAAUAUUUACGCUUUGCUAAUAGCAGAUGAGAGCAAGGCUGCUGAAUUGAAUGAAUAAUUUAUUAACUGCACUCACUUAUUUUAAUUGCUUAUUAUACUAGAACACAAGCACAGUAUAAACCAGUGAACUCCACCAGCUAGGCCUUCUCCAGAACAACUACCUAAAUUACCUCUCCACUUCACACUUGCGGCAUUCAGAUCAUGACAUAUUAAGUGUAUUCAGAAAGAAUCUCUCUGAAAGGGCAUUAAGGCUGUACAGUGAAGAUCCAGCUGGACAUUUAUGAUGCCGAACCCCAUAAGGCCGUGCUGACUUUGGUGUGGACUGUGUGGGUUUGGGACAGGCUCAGCACCGCUGUCUUACCUGACCUGCGUAAAAGAUUCCUAGAACUGAGGGAAAGCAGUGAUGGAUGUCUUAAAAGGGGAGACAGUCUGGAAAGACUCAUUCACGCCUUGCUGAACUGCCACUUUGUAGACUUUUCUCUCUGAGCUCCACAGACUUGCACUCAGAAACAGAGAGAGACAGACUAAGCUAAGAGAAGGCCUGCAAGCCUGAAGCCUCUUCUUUCUUUGAGCACGCUCGUGCUCGCAGAAAGAGCUUUGCCACAGUGAGGCAGAGAAGCAUGGAAACUCCGCCCACUGCCCCUCCCCAGCAAUUCCGUCAGUCGAGUUUUCUUAGCCGCCGUCUGAAAAGCUCAAUUAAGCGAGCCAAGAGCCAGCCCAAACUUGAUCGCACCGGAAGCUUCCGCCACAUGAUUCUCCCACGAUUCCGCAGUGCUGACCAGGAAAGAACACGUCUGAUGCAGAGCUUCAAGGAGUCUCAUUCCCACGAGUCUUUGCUGUCGCCAAGCAGCGCGGCCGAGGCGCUGGACCUCACGCUGGACGAGGAUGCCAUCAUCAAGCCCGUCCACUCCAGCAUCCUCGGCCAGGAGUACUGCUUUGAGGUAACAACAGCCUCAGGCACAAAGUGUUUUGCCUGUCGAUCGGCUGCUGAGCGGGACAAGUGGAUCGAGAACCUGCAGCGAGCCGUUAAACCCAACAAGGAUAACAGUCGUCGGGUGGACAAUGUUCUUAAAUUGUGGAUUAUCGAGGCGCGGGAUCUUCCACCUAAAAAGCGCUACUACUGCGAGUUGUGUCUGGAUGACAUGCUGUACGCGCGCACCACCAGCAAGCCUCGAACAGACACAGUGUUCUGGGGUGAGCACUUUGAGUUCAACAACCUCCCUGCUAUCCGGAGCCUGCGCCUGCACCUCUACAAGGAGACAGACAAGAAGCGACGCAAGGAGAAAAGCACAUAUCUUGGCUUGGUCAGCAUUCCCAUCUCGAGCAUCACAGGCCGUCAGUUUGUGGAGCAAUGGUACCCAGUCAUCCAGCCCAGUGUCCUUGCAAAGGGUGGUGGUGUGGGCAGUGGAAAGGUCAUUAAUGCCUCACUGAGGCUCAAAUCACGCUACCAGACUAUGAGUAUCCUGCCCAUGGAGCUGUAUAAGGAGUUUGCAGAGUAUGUGACGAAUAAUUACCGCACUCUGUGUGCUGUUCUGGAGCCACUCUUGAGUGUGAAGAGCAAGGAGGAAGUGGCCUGUGCCCUGGUGCACAUUCUACAGAGCACCGGCAAGGCCAAGGAUUUUCUCUCGGACAUGGCGUUGAGUGAGGUGGAUCGUUUCAUAGAUAGAGAGCAUCUGAUCUUCAGGGAGAACACACUGGCGACCAAAGCCAUAGAGGAGUACCUCAAACUUGUUGGACAUCGCUACCUUAAAGACACCAUUGGUGAGUUUAUUCGUGCACUGUAUGAGUCAGAGGAAAACUGUGAGGUGGACCCCAUGCGAACCCCACCUUCCAUGCUCCCAGACCACCAGGCUAACCUACGCAUGUGCUGUGAACUUGCACUCUGCAAGAUCAUCAACUCCCAUUGUGUUUUCCCCCGGGAACUUAAGGAAGUAUUUGCAUCGUGGCGUGUUCGUUGUGCUGAAAGAGGUCGUGAGGACAUUGCAGAUCGGCUCAUCAGUUCCUCACUGUUCCUGCGCUUCCUGUGCCCAGCCAUCAUGUCUCCAUCACUGUUUAACCUGACGCAGGAGUACCCAUCUGAGCGCACAUCCCGAACCCUCACGCUCAUCGCCAAGGUGGUGCAGAGCCUGGCCAGCUUCUCCAAGUUUAGUGGUAAAGAGGAUCAUAUGAUGUUUAUGAAUGAGUUCCUGGAGAUGGAGUGGGGAUCCAUGCAGCAGUUCCUCUAUGAGAUCAGUAAUGUGGACUGUGGUAGUAACGCGGGGGCGUUUGAGGGUUACAUCGACCUCGGCCGAGAGCUCUCUAUCCUGCACAGCCUGCUCUGGGAAGUCAUGGCCCAACUGAGCAAGGAUGCUAUCUUGAAGCUAGGGCCCUUGCCACGUUUGCUGAACGACAUCAGCGUCGCUCUGAGGAACCCACAGCUGCACCGGCAGGCGAGUCACCAGCCACCCGAACGACACCUCGCACGCACGCCCUACAGCCGCCCAGCCACUAAUGACUUCCAGAGCCUGAUGAUGAGGGAGCAGAACAGUUCUAUAGAUAUCUCUCGUCUACCAUCUCCUACCUCCGGAGGCGGAGCUCUCUCUCACCCGGGCAUGGCUGGCUUCGACAGAGAUCACCGUGGCAACAAAGAUGUGUUCUAUGUGGCACGCCCACCCUUAGCCCGCUCAAGCCCCGCCUACUGCACCAGCAGCUCUGACAUCACUGAGCCAGACCCUAAGGUGCUGAGUGUGAAUAAGAGUGUAUCUAUGAUGGACCUGCAGGACUCUCGCAUCAACAGCAUUUCCAACCUGCACUCUGUGAACGACAUGCUGAACUCGUCACAGGGCUCCAUCGCUGGACUGGGCAGUUUCGGUGGCGCUCCUCUGCGGCUCGGGGGCAUGAGGUUCAGCCAUUCGGGCGGCUUGGCCUCGGACUCGCUCUCCCAGCAGCAGCAGCAUGCGGCAGCUGCCAUGCACGUGCCGCUCUCCUUCCAGAACCCGCUGUUCCACUUGGCUUCGGAUGGGCCUCAGUACCAUGGCCCACCCCAUGCCUCACACGCCCCACCGCUUCUGCUCGCCCCGGAGCCUGAGAACGGGCACGCAGGCUUCGGUGUGCCAGCCUUCGGCCAUGGCGGGUUCUCUCGCAGUGAGGAUCUCUCAGCCCUGCGCACGCAGAACAGCCUGGUGCAGCCCAGCAUUGUCCACUCGCACAGCUACAGUGACGACUACACCCGCCACAACCAGGCUGACUACGCACGCCGGCAGCUAUCACUGCAGGUGCAGGAGAAUCUCCAUCAGCAGGUAUUAAUGGGCAUGGCCCCUCAGACUGCUACCGGCACCGGAACACCCGCCUCAGUUGCAACGCCCCCAGCCACCAUGCACCCUGUCCGUCAGGCUUCUAUGGCUCCUCCCCCUACACAGCGUAUUAAGCCUCAGCCUUCCCACCAGCUGUCAGUCAGCUCAGCUGCUAACUCCACCCCACCCAAGGUCCGACCCCAGAGCGGAAACCUCCUUCAGUCACCUGAGUCGAGUUUUGGAGCAAGGCCGUUGCCACGGCAGCAGCUGUCAGUUAAGGACAGCCCCGCCCCUGGUCUCCCUCACCAGUCCAGCACAGCCAGUGAUAGCCAGCCACCACAGGGGGGUGCUAAUGAGAACACAGAGAAUGCACAGAGUGAUACUCCUGCUAAAACUGCUCCACAAUCCAACCAACAGCACCUACUAAAACCAACUACUAACAAGCAGGGCUCUAAGUCUCCCUCCACACUGAACCCUCCGACCCCUGCAUCCGAGCGGACAGUCGCCUGGGUGUCCAACAUGCCGCACCUGUCAGCUGACAUCGAGAGUCUGCGUGUGGACAGAGAGGACCUGAAACUGAAGGAGCACUCUAAGAGCAUGGACGAGUCUCGGCUGGACCGGGUGCGUGAGUAUGAGGAGGAGAUCCACUCCCUGAAGGAGCGGCUGAUGAUGUCCCACCGUAAGCUGGAGGAGUAUGAACGCAGGCUGCACUCCCAAGAGCAGCAGACCAACAAGAUCCUGCUGCAGUACCAGAGCCGUCUGGACGACAGCGAGAGGAGACUGAGGCAGCAGCAGCUGGAGAAAGACUCGCAGAUCAAAGGCAUCAUCAGCAGGCUGAUGGCGGUGGAGGAUGAGUUGAGAGGCAGUGGCGUUUCUGACCUCAAAUCCCGAAUAUUUACAGGAGAGGAUGAUCCAUAUUCCUCUCUGGGUUCGGUUGAGCAAAGCAUGGUUCCAGGAGGGGAGGGGGUUCUUCCGCUGAACCCCAUCUCGGCUCUCUCCUCCACAACCAGCUCCCCUUGGAAUGGAGCUCUCCCUCCCCUGCCCCCACACCUGCACAUCAGCCAGAACGGUGAUCUACGUGGCAAUACCGGCUUCCCCGGCGCAGCCAUCGCUACAGCAGCUGGGGCCGCAGCCUGCUGGGCCACGCAGGGAGGGAGGCUGGGCUAGUCAUGUGGCCUUUGAACACUGGGAGAGCUUUGUGCUGUGCAAAUACAUGCGCAUUGUUGCUAGCAAAAAUAUUGAGUCUUCACAUCCCAGCAUGAGUCUGUGGCUGAAGAAUCUGUAGUCAGCUUAACAGCCAUCUGUCCAUUUUUUUCGCUUUUAUCUGUCCAUUAAAGGGAACAUCAGCCAAAAUUGCUAAUGAAAUGAAAAUCAACUGAAUUUUAGCAAUUUUAGCUGAGCUUUCUUUGAGUUUCUUAGCAAGGAAAGUCCCUCUUUAGAUAGGGGGCUGUGUAAUAGUGUGUGAGGAUUAGGUUCUGUCAGAGCUCUAUUGUUCUCUUAAGCUGCGAUUAAUGUGCUAUUGGCUUAAGCAUUUGGUAUAUAGACAUGUUUUUUUUUAAAAUAUAUAAACAUUUAGCCUAUUGUUAGUUUAUUUGAAAGUUUCUAAAAUCUUAAGCAGAAUGACUCAUAAUUGGCUAUAAAUGCCUAAAGCAUAUAUUAAUGAGACACUAUUUUUAAUGUCACAAGGGCUGUGAAAACAAAAGUGUGAAGAUGUGUUUACAUUUCCAUGAAUCAAAGAACUAAUUUCUAUAUCUAUGACUUGUAGAUUUGCUGUUAGUGGUUCUAGUAGAGAGAUUUUCAAGAGGUGGAUAUUUUUCCAUGAGAAUUAGUGGUGUACUUCAACAGCUGAGAUAUGAGUCAUUUCGUUUUUCUUUUUAACUAUCAAUCUGAAUCGUUUGUGUGUGUCUAUGUGACUGCCAUCUAUCACUCAUACCAUUCCCAUGCCACUUGCUACUGUAAAUGUGUGUAGCUUAUCUGAAUGUGUUUUCAUAUGUGGAUGAUAUAUUAAUUAUUAUAAACUAAGGUGUGAAUGCAAUGACAGGGACUUUAUAAAUGCCAACCAAGAUUCCUGGACAAUUAACCUGUCAAUCAAAGGCUAAGUGGACUCUCAUUGGACACUAAGCCACCUGCUACCCUCCUGCGCUCACUUUGUCUUUCUCUCCCUUAGCCGAUCUAUGGUGGGCACACCGGAACAUGAUUGGACCACAGCAGCGCGAAAGGAUAUGUGACUGGACCCACGCCAGUCCAGGAACCUCUCUUGUUUCUGAUUGGUUGAGAGAGGAGAGAGAAAGAGGAAGAGCCUGAGAAAAAAGAACAACAAAAAAAAAAAACAUCGCUCUGACACGUCAAACCCCAAAAAGCACACAAAAUCACAUACACAAGAGCACAUUCUUUAUGUCUCUCUACUUCUUUCUCUCCCUCUCUUUUCCUCCCUGAGCCAAAAUAACGACAAUCACCUCUUUUUUAUGUAGUGGAUUGACAAAUUAGCUACUCGGUGCUGUUUAUUCUAUUAUUUAUUCGGCCAUUAUUACUUUAGGAUCUUUGGUACAAAUUAAAGUUACAAACAGAGGGACCUGAUUCAUGUAUCCUCUUUUUUUGCCCAUAGUACACCUCAGACUUUCUCUCUAUGUCUUUCCCUCUCUCAGCAGGCGUGUUUGUUGUAUUCAGCAUGAUGGCUGUAGAGGGGCUGUGUUGGUCUUUGUGUGUGUGUGCGGUUAUGGUGUGUAUUACCAACUCCAUAGCCCACAAGCCUCCAAGCUCUAAUAAUGACUCUUAAUUUUUGUUCUUGUAAUUUUUUUUUUCCUAUAAUGAGCCUUUUCAAUCUUUUUAUGGAGGUGUGGUCUUUUCUGAGCCAAUCAGAUGUCGCCAUACUGCUCAGAAAGCCCUUCCUGUGCCGCGCAGUGGGCGGCGCCUCUUCUCUGUGCCUAAAGAGCUCUAUACAAAACAGGGGAAAUGAAAAAAACUUCAUCGACAGGAGCGCACAGGACACUCCAAUUUUUCAAGCUGUGGAGUUUGAAAGAGUAUGAUGUUUGAUUAAUAUUGUCUCUGUUUGGACUUUGCUGCUUUAAGGACUUUUAAGGAUCAGCAUCCCUUCAUCAUCUCAUCCAGUCGAUGGGACGGAAAUGACACAAGCGAAGAUACAGCGCCACCGUGUGUGUGUGCGCGUCUAAGAGCAGAAACAACCUGCUUUAGUGAGCAAGACCGUGUGUAACAUCCGUCUGCACAUGAACGAUGGGACGUAUUCUGCGUACAGGUGCUUCUGGGCAUCGAUGCAAAUGGAUUUGUCUUUUCCUUUGUGAGCGUGUGCAUGCAUGUGCGUGUGAACUAGAGAAAUAGGGAAUAGGAACGGGAUCAGAAGGAGAACACCAAGGAUGACCAUGGUUUCAUCAGCUAACGGCAGGGACCCGCCUUGAGAGGAAACUGCAGUAGAGACAAAAAAUCUAUAUGAUCUAGUAUUUAUAAAGUCUAGCUUUAGUAUUUAUAACUCUAGACCUAUAGCCCAUCUUUAUUCUAUUAGACUUUAUUUAAGCACAAAUAUACCCAUUACCAAUGUACUAUAUUGUGGUAAUGUAUUAUACUACUCUCCUAAAGCAUGGAGACACGCACAUACACACACUUAUACACACACUCACAUUGAUCAUAGAAGGAAGUAGUAGCAUCAUACCUCAUUCGGUCCUACUGUUAUCUUCUUUCCAUUAGGCGCACCGCAUCUAUCAAUCCGACGCUUCUGUUCGGUUUUCCUCGCCGUUCGAUUGGAGUUUUUCUGAGAUCGGUAGCUGAUUUCUUUCGCUUGUGAGCUUCAGUUGGAUUUGAUGUACAUAAGAGCUGAGGAUUCAAGACCUGUUGAUUUCUACAGUUUUAUUCAUUUUACCAAGUCCUAUUGUUUUUUUCUGAUUCUUCCUUGAUGUUCGAUAGAUGAUUACACACAUAUACACCAUUAGUUGGUUUUGCUGGUAGGUUUUUAGUCACUUGCUUUUUAUUUAUUAUGAUUCUUCUUCUUAUUAUUAUUAUUUUUCUGUGGUGGUUGAAAGUAUUGAUAACUUAUUAUGUCUGCACUUCAGAUAUUAUUUAUUUUUCAAAAAAAAAAAAAAAUCUAAUCGUGCCCCGUGCCUAACUGUUCUGGUUCUGAAACUUUGGUGAGAAAGUUAGAUGGCUCUGCUUGUUCGCCGCCAUGGAUCAGAACCAGUAAUAAAUGAAAUAUGAAGCAGAACCUUACAAUACUCUAGUCACCUUUUGUGUAUAAAAGUCCUCCUGAGAAAGAUUGUGCUGGUGAAACGUUUUCUCCCAUCGUGUAGCGCUAUAUUUGUUUUUUAGAGUCAUGAGAUUUUGUAUCUAAUCUUCAGAAUGAAAUGCCCAGAGCGGGUCUACUCCUACCCUUAAACUUAGCCAUAGACAUGGACAAGCCAUACACACCCUGUCCUUCUCACGGGCUUUAGGAGCGUAGGAAUGUAUAUAUUUCUAUCGAACCACAGAAACACGUACCGGCGAAGGAAAGGCUCAGUGUUUAACAAUGUGGGACACCUCAGCAUAUGGAGAAAUGUUGUGAAUGUUAAUAUUGUUAAGAAGACAAUUAUUCUAUUCAAAUAUGACUAUUAUUGUAAUUAUCAUUGCUUUCAUUUUCUUGAUGAUAUGAUUAUUGAUUGAUCAGAAAUUUCUUUCAUUUUGUGAAUAUGAGUUUACUAUUAUUCCAGAAGUUUAAAUAAUUGGACAAAUUAAUAAAUAGAUAUAUGCUAACCUUUAA